AUGGCACCCCUCACCGACGAGAAGUACACCCCCACCGUCGAAAAAGUCGAGGAUGCGGGCCGCGCUGCGCUCAACGACAUCGACUUCGAUGAGGAGUUCUCGCCCGAGGAGCAGAGGAAGAUUAUCCGAAGGAUUGAUCUGCGGCUUGUCACGAUCACGGGGCUGGCGUAUUGCGUUUCGCUGAUGGAUCGGACGAAUUUGAGUAUGGCUGCUGUUGCGGGAAUGGUUGUUGAUUUGGAGUUGUAUGUGGGAUUUCGAUAUGUGCGGCCUUCCUUUCCCCUCGAUCGUCGUCCUUAUGUUCUUCGUUCCCUAUAUUAUCUUCCAGCCGCCGAUGACGGUUAUAACGAGGAAGCUGGGCCCGACCUUGUUCCUGGGAAGUAUUGUGAUUUCUUGGGGUGCAAUCUUGGUGGGCAUGGGUUUCACAAAGAAUUGGCAGCAGAUGACGGCUUGCCGAGUGCUUCUUGGCUUGCUGGAAGCAGGGUACUUUCCUGGCUGCGUUUACCUGCUUUCGAGUUGGUAUGCUCGAUGUAUGUCUCUCUCCCGGACAUAUUUUCUUGUCUAACCUGCCCAGACGACGUCCAGAAGAGAUUUUCGGUCUUCUACCUGAUCGGCUGCGUAGCCUCCGCCCUGGCUGGAAUCCUGGCAUUCGGCCUGAUGCAGCUGGAUGGAUCUCACGGGAUCGAGGGCUGGCGAUGGAUCUUCAUCCUCGAGGGAGUGAUCACCGGAGCCAUUGGCAUCCUCGCAAUCAUCUUUCUCGUCGACUUCCCCGACAGAGCCCACAAGUCCUGGAAGUUCCUCAGCGAAAAGGAGUGCGCGUUUGUUGUGCGCCGCAUCAACCGUGAUCGGUCGGACGGAGAUGCCGAGCCCUUCACCAUGAAGCGGUUUCUCAAGCCAGCGCUUGACCUGAAGAUCUGGGGCUUUGCGAUGAUUUUCUUCUGCGUCACGACGGUCAGCUAUGCCAUCGCCUACUUCCUCCCCAUAAUCCUUUCCGAAGGCAUGGGCUUCGACACCGGGACCUCGCAAUGUCUCGUCGCGCCUCCCUACGCAGCAGCCGGAUUCGUCAUGUACGGCACAAGCUGGGUCGGCGACAAAUACCGCACUCGAGGGCCAGUCCUCAUUUUCAACGCCUUGCUUUGCAUAAUCGGCCUGCCGAUGAUGGGCUUCUCAAGCUCGAAUGCGGUGCAGUACGUAGGCGUCUUCUUUACAGUCGCCGGCUCGAACUCCAACAUCCCCGCGGUUAUGGCCUACCAGGCGAACAAUGUCCGCGGGCAGUGGACCCGGGCGCUGUCCAGCGCAACGCUGGUUGGGUUUGGAGGCAUUGGCGGGAUUGCGGGGAGCUUGGUGUUCCGGGAGCAGGACAAGCCGCACUAUCGGCCGGGGAUCUGGUGUGCGAUCGCUUGUAAUCUGCUCCUCAUGCUGAUUGUGGUGGUGCAGAGUGUUUGGUUCAGGAUUGCCAAUGGGCGCGCGGAGAGGGGCGAGAAGCUCAUUGAGGGGGUGCCGGGGUUUCGGUAUACCAUCUGA